AUGAAAAUGUUAGCAAGACUCAUUCUGGGACUUGUCAUCUUUGAUGCUGCUGUGACUGCUCCCACUCUGGACCCCAUCAACUAUGACUCAGAAACUUACGAUGCCACUUUGGACGACCUGGAUAAUUUAUACAACUAUGAAAACAUACCUAUUGGUCAAGCUGAGGUUGAAAUAGCCACAGUGAUACCUUCUGGGAACAGAGAGCUUCUCACCCCACCCCCACAGCCAGAGGAGGCUGAAGAAGAGGAGGAGGAGUCCACCCCUAGACUUAUCGAUGGCUCUUCCCCACAGGAGCCUGAGUUCACUGGGGUUCUGGGCCCACACACCAAUGAAGACUUUCCAACCUGCCUUCUGUGUACAUGUAUAAGUACCACCGUAUACUGUGAUGACCAUGAACUUGAUGCUAUUCCACCGCUGCCCAAGAACACCGCUUAUUUCUAUUCCCGCUUCAACAGAAUUAAAAAGAUCAACAAAAACGAUUUUGCAAGCCUAAAUGACUUAAAAAGAAUUGAUCUGACAUCAACUAUAUCUGAGAUUGAUGAAGAUGCAUUCAGAAAGCUACCUCAACUCCGAGAGCUUGUCCUGCGUGACAACAAAAUAAGGCAGCUCCCAGAAUUGCCAAACACUUUGACAUUUAUUGAUAUUAGCAACAAUAGGCUGGGGAGGAAAGGAAUAAAGCAAGAAGCGUUUAAAGUGAUAUGUAAUGAUCUCCAUCAUCUCUACCUCACCGAUAACAAUUUGGACCACAUCCCUCUGCCACUCCCAGAAAACCUACGGGCCCUUCACCUCCAGAAUAACAACAUUUUGGAGAUGCAUGAAGAUACUUUCUGCAACGUUAAAAAUUUGACUUAUAUCCGUAAGGCGCUAGAGGAUAUUCGAUUGGAUGGAAACCCUAUCAAUCUCAGCAAAACUCCUCAAGCAUACAUGUGCCUACCUCGUUUGCCUAUUGGGAGUCUUGUCUAAUUGCGGAUAACGGUUAGCAUUAUGAUGCCUGCUAUAACGAAACAAUUCUUACUGCUCUCUUUGGAAACAAAAAGCUCAGCAUGAUACUUUCAAAUAGUGUUCUUAAAAAUGAUAUAAUUUCACAAAAUACAACUAAAAGUUUUAAGAUAUGAUGACAGUUUUAUCAAUUUAAGCAAACGCCAGAUAAGUCAAGGAUAAAAACAAAUGAUGUACAGAAAGAGUGAAACCAAAUGAGAAAAAAAAUAUGUAUCUAUUUCGCAGAUAUUCUUGAAAAUCACAUGUAACUUGCAGGCUUUAAGGAUUUCUGUCUCAUAUAGUUUCAAGUUAAGUACAUAAUAAAGAAAAAAUUUUAAAUGAGCACUUUAGGUGUAUU